CCCCAGUCGGUCGGGACCUCCAAACGGGUCCUCUCCUCGCUCGUUCCUUCUCCAUCUCUCUCUUCUCUUCCCUGUCUCUUAUUUUUCUUCCUUCUUUUUUCAUUUUUCUCUUCAUCCUUCCUUUCUCAUCUGGAAUCUCUGUAGGUUUAUUCGUUUAGAAUCAGGGCAUUUCUUUCCCUUUCUUUUUUUUCUUCUUCCUUCUUUUUGUACAAAUUUCUGAGAUUAGGGUAGGAUUUAGAACACAGAUCAGAUAUAUAGGAGGAAACGAAAACCAAACAAAAACUCUUUUUUUUGUUUUGUUUAUUUGUUGGUACUUCUCUCUGGUUUAUCGACCAUGUCUUCAGCUGUCACCUUCAGCGUCAACGCCGAGCAGUUGGUUGGAGCUCUGGACUGCGUCUCGAUUGUGGAUCAGGGAGAGGUAGAUGCUAAGUUUGGGUCAAAUGGGAAGAAGGCCUGUGGGAAUCAUGGUGGGAAUUGUGCGAUUUGCUUGGAUGAGAUUGUGCUCGAGGAAACUGCCCUCAUUAAGGGGUGUGAGCAUGCUUACUGUGUGACCUGCAUCCUGCACUGGGCCACGUACAGUGAGAAUCCAAAGUGCCCUCAGUGCAAGCAUCCAUUUGAAUCUCUUAAUGUCCACCGAUCGCUCGAUGGCUGCAUCCAUGAUUACAUGUUUGAGGAAAGCCUGUGCCUUCUACUCAGAGCCACAUGGUUCAAGCCAUUGGAAGUACCAUCUCACCAUGGCACUGCAUAUGAGGAUCCAGAUGAGUUCUUCCCGUAUGACUACGUGUAUGGUUACGGGUACGAUUACGAGGAAGAUGAUAUUGAUGAAGCUGCUUACUACAGCGGCGGCAGUUCCUCAUCGAGCAGUGUUAUUAGGAUUGGCAACAGAAGGUGGGGUGACAACGGGUACGUUAGAGCAGGCCGUUUAGAGGCUCGACCAGUUCAUCAUCGACCCAAUGCCCAGGAUUCCGGAGGUGCAGGUGGUUCCUCGUCAUCAUCUCGUGAACCGAGGAAGAAAGAGGAUAAGACCGGGCGUCGUGCAAAGAGGACCCAGAAGCGGGAAGCUGCUGACAAGAAAGCUGCUGAGAAACAUCAGCUGCUUCUGGCCAGGCUGGGGCGCCAGUAAACGAGAGACGCCCCUGUUGAUCGUGUAUCAUGCUCGAUACGCCAGAAAGACUGACGCUGGUUCCAUUGUACAGUACUUGAUCCAAGUUUCUUCGUUAUUUUUAAUUUUUUUCUUCGUUUAACUGAAAUAAUCAAGGGUGGGUGGGAUAAAAGACCCAUUAGGAAGGGAGGUUUAGUAGUUGGGAUGGAACUGCAGGAUGUACAUUCCAGAAGUUUGUUGUUCAUAUUAUGCUUGAAGUCGAUAUCAGUCAGGGUUUAUAAUUCCUGGCGACUUUCCUGGAACUGCAGGGUUAAUUGUUCUUGCAUUUCUCCUUUCUGUUUAUUUGUAUUAGUCUGUUAGCAAAGAAAAUUCUGUUCUUUCCUCCAAGUUAUAGACUAUAUUUUCAACUUCGUCGACGCAAUUUUCACCUAUAGAGGAUUG